AGGACCCACCGGUCCGACCUUUUGUCCCCUCCAAGCACCCAGUCCCUACCACUUUACUUCGGGAUUGCUGCAGCCCCGCGACGCCCCGGAGCCGGGACCGCGGAGGAAUCCCGAGGAAAAGUGGCGCGGGGGCUCGGCGUUCAGAGUACUCUGUGCCCGCCUACUUCCAGAGGGGCGGUGGUUGCCAUGGUUACCCGCGCCGCCGUUACGUCACCGCCGCGGGCGGGGCGGAGCGCCGGGCUGGGGCGUCCGGCCGCGGUGCGGAGUCGCUGCCGGAGAUGGCGAGCCCGGCGGCGGCGUCCGGAAGGCGGCUUCCAGCCGCGAGCGGCUGCCCGGGAGCGGGUGCCGACGCCCGCCUCUCGCGAGGAGAGUGCCGGCCUUCUCGUCGGGAAAGCGGGCGGCCGCGGCCCCGGCCCCGUAGUGCCGCGCGCUCGCUCUGCGUGUGUGUCGUUCCGCGUGUGCCCGGGACGCGGUGGAAGCGGCGGUGGGCAGCCCCGCGGCGUGCUCGGUGCGGGAAGCCCGGCUGCUCCCCCGCGCACCGCGGCGCCCGGCCUCCCGGCACGACCCCUCCCUCCUGCGGGUGCCGGCGGUGUCGGGAGGCCUCUCGGGCUCUCUCCCGUCCAACGACUGAGAGAACUUGGAGAGCGGGAGAGCGUGGCCCUUGACCUCAUGGACUAACGGUCAUUGAAGAAAAACAGCCAAAGCUAAAAAUAAGUCGCGGUGAUCUGUGCUGUAGUCACGGGUGUUAGGUAGGAAUUCCGCUGAGAUGUCACAACAAAUACUAGCCCUGCCAGCUCGGCUCUCGGUAUGGCUGCUCAUUCCCAUUUCCUCAGCUUUCCCUUAUGCCUUUUGAGUCUUUCCCUUUUGAAUCUUGUAUUGUCCACCUUAAGGACCAGCACCUCUAAGAAGUAUUUGCUACGCCCGCGUGUGCGCACACACACACACACACACACACACACACGUCGUCUCCCUGCCUCUAAACCGUUAGGGUGUUUGAUACCGCUACCUUACAACUUGUUCAGUCCUUCGGUUUACAGCAUUGAUCAGCAUUUCAGUGUGUGUUCUGUGAAACAUUUAGAUAUUUAAAUGUUUUUAAUCCACGUGGGUUUUAUUUUACCCAAAUGAUUUUAGAAACUCAAGCACCAUUUGAUUCCUUGGAGCUGUACAUCGGAAUACGGAUUUUCCAGAAGAACCCUUGAAACUAAGUAGGACACUUCACAAAGCAGAAGUGGGUUUCCUGGUAAUACAUUUCAUCCCAAAAUGACGACAGAAUCAAAGAAAGCUACAGCUCAGAACCUUCAGGAGCAUGAAGGGCUUCUGAUAGUGAAGAUAGAAGAGGAAGAUUUUGUCUGGAGGCAGGACACUUCCCUCCAGAGAAGCGACCCCUUUAGGCAGGAGCUCUGCCGACAGCUUUUCAGGCAGUUCUGCUACCAGGAUUCCGCUGGGCCCCGUGAGGCCCUGAGCCGGCUGCGGGAGCUCUGCCAUCAGUGGCUGCAGCCCGAGACACACAGCAAGGAGCAGAUCCUCGAGCUGCUGGUGCUGGAGCAGUUCCUGACCAUCCUGCCCGAGGAGCUGCAGACCUGGGUGCAGGAACAUGGCCCAGAGAAUGGAGAGGAGGUGGUCACUCUACUGGAAGAUUUGGAGAGAGGUGCUGAUGAAGCAGUAGUCCAGGUUCCAGUCCAUGCACACGAACAAGAGCUACUCGGGAAGAAGGUGGUGCCUCCUGGAUCGGCACUGAGUGUCCAGUUGCAGCCAGUGGACCCCAAGGCCCUUCGUGGUUCCUCAGCACCCCUUCUGCAGGAUGGUGAUAAUGAGAGUGAAAACAAUGGAUUCAUGCCAAAGUUGGACAUUUUUGAAAAAAUGGAAUCACAGAGGAUUCUAUCAGGAAGAAUUUCAGGAUUCAUGUCAGAAGGAACUGCUGAACCUCAAGACAUCUGUAAGUCUGCAGGCAGGCUAAAGAAGCAAUGGGAAAAAGAAUCAGGGGGUGCUCAGAGACCAUCAUCUGCUCAGGAUGGAGGUUUUAGUAAAAUCCUUACCCACAAAAAUACACUUACAGGUAGCAGUAGCCAUGAUGGUUGUGAGAGAAGCUUAAACCUGAAUUCAAGUGAAUUGACACACCAGAAAUCUUGUAAACACAGUACCUAUGACCAAAGUUUCAAAUGGAAUCCAGAUUUUAUUAAGCAUCAAAGAAUUUAUGUUGGAGAGAAAAUUCACCAAUAUGGAACAUCUCUCAAGAGCUCAAACCUUAUUAAACAUGCAGCAAUUUUUAGUGGGGAGAAAACCCACCAGUGUAAUGAAUGUGGGAAAGCUUUUAGACAUAGCUCAAAGCUUAUCAGGCAUCAGAGAAUCCACACUGGAGAGAGGCCUUAUGAAUGUAAUGAGUGUGGGAAAGGCUUUGGGGGGAGUUCAGAUCUUAUUAGACACCAGAGAAUUCACACUGGAGAAAGACCCUUUGAAUGCAAAGAAUGUGGGAGAGCAUUCAGCCUGAACUCCCAUCUCAUCUUGCAUCAGAGAAUUCACACCAGAGAGAAACCCUAUGAAUGUAGUGAAUGUGGGAAAACCUUCAGAGUGAGCUCACACCUCAUUCGACACCUGAGAAUCCACACUGGAGAGAAACCCUAUGAAUGCAAGGAGUGUGGGAGAGCCUUCAGUCAGAGUUCACACCUUCGUCAACACCAAAGAAUUCACAAGAGGGAAAACCUGUUAAUGUAAAGAACUUAAAUUUUCAUGGAAAUGCAAAAGAAAUAGCAACAUGAAAAAUAUUGAAUAAAAAAUAUGGAGUGAGAUGAAUGACUAAAA